GCUCGGUCCUCCAACGCCUCUUUGCUCUUAUUCCCUCUUUGUUUUCGCACAGAAAGCGCCAAAAUUUAUUAAAACGCCCCAAAAUGAGUUUUGCCGUCACAGCGGUGGGUUUUGGUGAUUCGGUUGUGGUUGGAACGUCCUCAGGGAGGUUUCGUCUCUAUGGUGGCGGCGGCGGAAAUGGCGGCGCGAGGGAAGGGCGGGGUUUCCGCUUCGGCGCGCGGCGCCCCGGGGGGGGGAGCGGCGGCGCGAUGGAGUUCCCCGGAGGCAGUGACAAUUACCUGGCCAUCACCGGCACCUCCCACCCCUUCCUCAGCGGGGCCGAGACGUUCCACACGCCCAGCCUGGGCGACGAGGAGUUUGAGAUCCCGCCCAUCCCGCUGGACUCGGACCCGUCCCUGGCCGUGGUCGGGCACUUCGAGGACCUGCCCGAGCCCGGGGGCGCCCCCCAGGCCCCCUUCGCGCCCCCCGGCUACGGCGUGGGCGGCCUGGAGCUGCCCGUGGCCGUGGGGCUGCCCCCGGGCAUCAUGGAGCAGCCGGGGGCGCUGCUCAACAUGUCAGGGGUUAAACGCGGGGGGUUUGACCCCAAAAAUGGGCUGGAGUAA